AUGUCAAACUCUACGAAUACGACGGCGGGAUACGCUCCCUUUGACCUCUACCCAUAUAAUCCAUCGCAGCCUCCUGCAUACGCUUUCUUGGGUCUUUUUGGUUUCGCCGCCGUAGUGCAUUUUGUACUUAUGAUUCCAUAUCGAGUCUUUUUCCCUUUUCCAAUGGUAAUUGGCUGUGCAAUGGAGGCAGGUGGCUAUUAUUUUCGAUCUCAAUCCCACGACAACGUACGCCAAACCUUGCCGUACAUCAUUCAAUAUUUGUUGAUCUUUGUCGCGCCGCCCAUGUUGGCUGCCAUGAUCUACAUGUCUCCGGGUCGAAUCCUCCACGCGCUCCACGCCGAGGACUGUUCCAUCUUCAGCCCACGCUGGCAGGCCAAGCUGUUCGUGCUCAUCGACAUGUUUUGCUUUGCCACGCAGUUUGCGGGAACCAUCAUGUCGGACAGUGAUACGGGGCCCACGCUGCUCCUGGCGGGCUUGAUUGUCCAGGUGGCCGCCUUUGCACUGUUUAUAGUAGCCCUCCUCGUCUCGCACAAGCGCCUCAACAAUCGACAAUACGAGCUCUCGAGAGCGGCACCAGACGUCCAUUGGAGGCGUUACUAUGGCGGCUUGUAUUGCGUCAGCGGUCUAUUCCUGAUUCGCAAUUUUAUCCGCAUCAUUGAACAGAAUCAGGGUGACGACGGAGCCAUUUACACCACGGAAGCCUAUCUUUACAUUUUUGACGCCGUCUUCAUGUUUGCCGCUGUGGUGGUCAUGAUCGUUCUGCACCCUGGCAAGCUUGUGCGAAAUGCUGUACGCGCUGCCAAGGCUGCGGAUUUGGAAAACGAACUGGCCAUGAAAUAG